AUGGGUAGCCAUACUCAGUCACUAUGGACAUGUGCUGCGGGGAAGCUGGACGAAGCUGACCAGAGCCUUCUCGCCUUUGGACAGGAAAUCAACAACGAAAUCAGCGACCAAAGAACUCUUGAUAUAGUUGAAUUAUUGACGCACACAACUAACGAGGCCUAUGAGCUAUGUAUUCGCAAACGAUGGCAGAUCAAGCUGCCUGGCAGGAAGGAUAAGAUUAUUGUUCGUGACUUGCUAGGCAAGAUCACUCACUGGAUUCAAGUCUUCAAGAAUGUCGGAGACCAGGCUGUUUCGUUUGACCCAGGCUAUGCGGCUUUGCCUUGGGCCGGGGCUCGAUUUCUUUUACAGAUUGCUACCAACGACUUCAAACAGUUCGAUUUUGUCGUCGAAGGCGCAGCAAAGAUUACCCGAAUCACAGCUCGAUAUAGAAUAGUCGAAUGCCUCUAUCUUCAACGCUCUAGUGCAGCGACGACUUUACUGGAACAGGCGGUCGUAAGGCUGUAUACCACGAUGCUAAAUUAUCUCGUCCAGGCCAAUCGCUAUUUUCAGCAGCGGACUGGUAUCCGUAUAUUGAAGAGUGGUAUCCUUGCUCAGAACGAUUUCCAGGAUCUGUUAGAGAAAAUGGACACUGAGGAACGGGAGGCUGAUCAUUGUGCUGAUUUGGUCAAGACAGAAAUGGCCAAUGAGACUGCGGAUCAAUUCGCAAGUUUGUCUCUGGAGAUAAACAAUAUCGCUUUACUGCGCGAUGCGUUGGAUCGAAUAGAGCAGCCUAUUUCGCAAACGGCGCAUCAACUUCAGCAAGUCGAAGAUUACCUGAGUAAUGUGCAAAGGAGAGAUAUGCUGGAUUGGCUCUCAUCCCAGCCCUACCAUGACCACCACACGGAUAUCCAGCCCAAAGUACUGGAAGGGACAUGUCAAUGGGUCGUUCAACAUCCCGAAUUCUCCAAAUGGCAGAACGACAGCAAGAAUACUCUCCUAUGGCUACACGGUACACAAGGCUCAGGCAAAAGCUGUCUAACAUCGACGGUAAUCGAUGAGAUCAUGAAAGCUUCAGAGUCAAAUGAUAUGCACGCCCUAGCGUACUUCUACUGCUCGCGCGACACGGCAGAGCCGCAACGUGCAAAGCCACGAAGUAUUCUGGCCUGUAUCGCGCGCCAACUUUCUCGCCAGUCUCAAACUCAGUCAAUUGCUCCUCCUACUCUGGCUUUAUACCAUAAAUUGCAUUCUGUUGAUGGCUCGAGGCGAACACCGAGUAUAGUCGAAUUGUGCCACUUGAUUCGGGAGUUGACUGAACUAUAUGAUCGAUCCAUGAUCGUGGUCGAUGCUCUGGAUGAAUGUGAUGUCGAUACGCGGUGGGAACUUGUCGAGGCAUUAGAGUCAAUUAACGAAUCAGCCAGCCUGGUGAAGGUUUUUGUCAGCUCGCGCGAAGAAGGAGAUUUGCGACUUUCUCUUCAGACUCAUAGCGGGCUUCAGGUCACGUCAUUGGAGAACGAGGAUGAUAUUCGGAAAUUCGUUGAGUUUGAAACGGAUAGGCUUGUUGCGAAGAAGCAGUUGCUGGCUUAUAUUCGGAAGAAACAGACGAAAGAGGAGUUGACGGAGUUGAUCAAGGAGGAUGUCGUCUCCAAGGCCAAGGGGAUGUUCCGAUGGGCGGAGCUACAGCUGCAAAGUCUUCGAGGUAUUCGAGCAGAAAAGGAUAUUCGAUCUGAAUUAUCUCGCAUCCCUCGAGAUCUAAGCGCUCUAUAUCAAGAUCUAUACGACAAAGCGCUCGAAACGACCCAAGAGACAGAUCAAGUCGUGUUCCAACACACCCUCAAGUGGAUGCUCAGCGCACAACAAAAUCUCACACAUCGUGACUUUUUCCUGGCCAUAACGGCCUUUACGGACCUUGGCCCUGAUGACCUAGACGAAGAGUUCAUUUUGGACCUUUUGAGCAACUUUGUCGUGUCAUCCACAACUGAAGAAGGAGAUCGAUUCUUCCGUUUCGCACAUCUCUCCGUCCGUGAAUUUCUCGAAAAGAUACCCGAAUAUUCAACCGAGUGGACGAAUACAUUCGCAGCAGAAGUUACUCUUCUCACGUUGAUCUGUGCAAGUGACUCACCCAGCGCAAAUGAGUUUAUCAACAAGCUAGGAGUCGUGCCUCUCGAUAUCGUGCCAUUUUCUGAAAUCAGUUCAAACGAAGAAGGCAUCCAUGACUAUUCCUUGAAUUUCUGGGUUAACCAUUGCGUGCUUUCUGGUGAGCAGAACCGAUCAGCGGAGGAUCUGAACGUUCAAAAACUGCUGCAUUUCUUCCUCUUCAAUGAUUCCGACGAUAAUUGCCCGUUGAAUUGCUGGGCCCUCUACCUGCGUUCUCUACGAUUUGGGAACCUGGGGACAAUCAUGACAAACUACCAAAGCCCGCACGACCGAGCAUUUUUGCUUGCAUGUUUCUUUGGGCUCGACGAGAUAGUCCGUAUGACCUUGAAUCAUGGCCUGGAAGACAGGGUGAAAGAAGAAGGCGCCUUGUUAGCUUUUAAACAGGGCUAUGGUUCAACUUCAACUGCAGAGUUGCUCAUUGGCCCGCAGGGCGAUGCAAAACUGCGAGAGUACGUGUUAUAUCACUUGGGGGAUCCUCGUCGAACCGAUGAAUACGUGGAAGCCGACGUAGUUCGACGGAUGCUGGACUUGGUCGAGCCAGCUCAGAUCACAGAAAAGGUGAUUCUCAAUGCUAAGAAUCUGGAUUCGGAGAUCAUAUACAUGCUGCUAUAUCACAACAAAGACCUACGUAUCACUGAAGAGAUGGUUCGGAAAUGUUCGCGGUGCCGAGGCGCUAUGAUCGCAUUUGUGGAUCGAGAACCCGAUAUUGAGAUUGGUUCGGAUACGCUCAUCGCUAUCAUAAGGACAUCGCCGUUUGAUGCUGAGCUUUGCAUCAAUUUGAUUAACAGAGCCGAUCCAGCAUCUAUCAAUUUCGAGGUCAUCUCCUGGAUAGCCCGCUUAGCGGGUAAGCCUGAGCAUGAAGAGGAAGCUAUGCCCAUCCUGCUUCUCCUUCUCGAGCGCGUUGGACCCCCCGAUUUCACAUCCCUCGAUUUCAACGAAACGUUUGCCAUAACGCAGGCCUUUGCCAAGGAUAGGACCGGCAAGGUAGUGAAAACUCUUCUCGAUCAUGGAUGGCCAAUUACUCCCCGUCUGUUGCGCCGGGCGGCUUCAUACGGCAACCCAACGGUUUACCCCUUGAUUUUUAAUGCUGCUGGUGGGAGCUGCGAAGUCACCCCAGAGCUGCUCGAAGCAGCUGUGAAAAAUGACGAAACCAACGGACAAGAGAUAUUAAAAUACCUCGUAUCCAAAUCAAGUCAGCCUAUUGAUGAUGAGACGUGGGCAAAGCUGAUUGGAUAUUGCGAGAAAUGUGAGACUCUGCGAUACCUCUUGGACAUGAAACCUAACGUGCAAGUGCCGGAGUCAGCGCUGCUUCAUAUCGCUAGGGAGAAUAAUUUCACCAGCAGCGCGACGAUGACCAUGCUCCUCAACGAUGGGCGAGAUCUAGAGGUCACGGAUGCCGUUAUGGGAGCAGCUUUGCAGAAUAUGGAAUACGGGGAGCAUGUGCCGCAGCUUUUGAACCGACAUGGCGCCGAGCUGAUCACCAAGCCCAUGUUGAUCGGGGCGGUGAGUAAUGCUAGCUUUGGAGACGAGAUGACAAGGGCUUUGAUACACCGGAAGAUCCCGAUUGAGGCAGCAACCGCCGAAGUCAUCAAUGCAGUAAUCAAGAAUACCCAUUCAGGGCUUCAAAUUCUGCGGAUGCUUGAGGCACAAUUCGAACCGUUCGAAUUCACCGACGAAAAUAUUGAGACUGCGGUCUCGGGAAGUCUUCAAAUGAUCAAGUUAGUCUUUGAACGCGGAUCAGUAACGCAUGCCACCUCCUCGAUGCUCCUUAAGGCAGCUUCUGAGGGAACCCUGGAUGGGAUGAAAUUUCUUCUCCGGCUGGACGACGCUAUCGUGACCCCCGAGACCCUGAUUGCUGCGGCGGGAGGUGAAUAUGGAGCGAAAAUGCUGCAGCUUCUUUGGGAUCUCAACCCGGAUAUUAAGCCUGGCGUUGAAAUGUUCAUUGAAAUGUUCAUGAAGAGCGUUGAUAUCCCAGCUCUAGAGUCGGGGGCCACUACGUUCUUGCUAGACCGUGUGCAUGAUCAAGUUGCCCAACAAGUGCUGGAGGUCGCAACAAGUAUCGAGUACAUGGACCGAUUUCGGGUGGAAAUUCUAGUGGAGGCACUCUUGGAGAGUAGUCUGCCAGUCAAGGUGACGAGCGAGAUGGUUGCCAGAGUCCGUGGCCAUCGUCAUUUGAACCGGGACGUAUGGAAUGUGAUCAAACACUAUGCUGGGUUGAUAGAGACCCAGGAGAUAGCUGACAAGUAG